AUGUCAGCACCAGCACCAGCUACAUUCAAACCAACCUUAAUUAUCCACGGCGGCGCAGGAAACAUCCAACGCUCCAAACUCCCCCCAGACCUCUACGCCACCUACCACGCCUCCCUCCAAUCCUACCUCCGCUCAACACACGCCCUCCUCAGAAAUGGCGCAACAGCCAUAGAUGCAGCGGUCCACGCUGUCUCCCUCCUAGAAGACGACCCACUCUUCAACUGCGGCCGCGGCAGCGUCUUCACAACAGCCGGAACAAUCGAAAUGGAAGCCUCGAUAAUGGUAACAUCCGUCCAAGCUCCCAACGAAAGCGACCCCGGUGCAAUCAAGCGCGGCGCAGGCGUAAUGGGCAUCCGGAACGUGCGCCACCCAAUCCGUCUGGCGCGCGAAUCACUUCUCAGAACGGGCGUUGCGGCAGAUGGGGGCAGUAUGCAUUCGCAGCUUGCGGGUCCGCAUGUGGAGAGUCUUGCGCGAGACUGGGGACUGGAGUUCAAACCUGAUGAGUGGUUUUGGACGAGGAAGCGGUGGGAUGAACAUCAGCGUGGUUUGAGGGGCGAGGAGGAACCGCUGUUUUUGAGUCAGGGGACUGUUGGGUGUGUUUGUUUGGAUUGGUGGGGUGGGUUGGCUGUUGCUACUAGUACCGGUGGGUUAACGAAUAAGUUGCCUGGAAGGAUUGGGGAUACGCCGACUCUGGGUGCUGGGUUUUGGGCUGAGGCUUGGGAUGAAUUGUUGAGUGGUGGCGGUGGUGGUCUUGGUGUUUCGGGGCGAGAUGCUUCUUUCUCGGUUCGUGGCUUGUUGCAAGGUGCGCGGAAUUGGAUGGCGGAUUGUAUGCCGCAGCUUGUGCGCGAACUGGGUCCUCCUGCUUACUCGUCCCUUUCGCUUGCUGGUCGUUCUUGCAGUACUGGUACUACUCGGCGUGCCAUUGCUGUCUCUGGGACUGGGAAUGGAGAUUCUUUCUUGCGUGUUGCGGCUGCGCGCACGGCUGCUGCUAUGAUGCGGUUUUCUGGGCCGGGCUACUAUCCUUCUAAACUUGCUGAUGCGGUGUCGGCUGUCGCCGGGCCUGGUGGUGAGCUGCAGCGUUCGGCUGGUUCGAGGUGGCUCGAGACUGGCGAAGGCGAGGGUGGUAUCAUUGGGAUUGAAGCAGCACUUGCUGUUAAUGGGGCUUCAGAUGUUAAGUUGCACCGCGGUAAGGUCGUGUUCGACUUCAAUUGUGGUGGAAUGUGGCGCGCCUGGGUAGAGGAGGAUGAUUCUGGCAAGGAUGUUGAGAGGAUCAUGGUUUUUCGAGAAGAUUACCAAUAA